AUGGACUCGAAAACUGCGGCACCGAACAACGAGAGUGGCCAAUGGGAUUCGACAGCCUCCAGCCAGCCCGAAUCCAAAGCGAUGCAGCCGGCAUGGGAGCCCGAGGAGAAAGAGAGCGCAGGCGGCGCCGCACUCAAGAUUUUCUCCAUUGAAUAUCACCACGUCCAGGUCCCCUUUGAGAUAACACUAUGGAUUAUGUUAGCGUCGCUGGCAAAAAUAGGAUUUCAUCUCUACAUCAAACUUCCCUCAAUUGUGCCUGAAAGCUGCCUGCUCAUAAUUGUUGGCCUGAUAAUGGGAGGAAUAAUGUAUGGAGUGAAUGAAGGGUCAGCACCUGUAAUGAGCACUGACACCUUCUUUCUUUACCUGCUGCCGCCCAUCGUACUGGAUGCAGGCUAUUUUAUGCCAAGUCGGCCUUUCUUUGAGAACAUUGGAACAAUCCUUUGGUAUGCGGUUGUGGGGACCAUAUGGAAUGCUUUUGGAGUUGGCUUGUCUCUCUACGGGAUUUGUCAGAUUGAUUCAUUUGGCCUGAAGGAUAUCUCCCUUCUCUACAACCUGUUGUUUGGAAGCUUGAUCGCAGCCGUGGACCCAGUGGCCGUCCUGUCUGUGUUUGAAGAGAUUCACGUAAAUGAGCAGCUACACAUUCUGGUUUUUGGUGAAUCACUGCUCAAUGAUGCUAUCACUGUGGUUUUAUACAAAUUGUUUAAGACUUUCUGCAUCAUGCCCUCAAUUGCAGUGUCCGAUAUUUUGGUUGGAAUUAUCAAGUUCUUUCUUGUGGGAUUCGGAGGUUUACUUGUGGGAGUUAUUUAUGGAAUCAUUGCAGCCCUUACCACUCGCUUCACAGAGAAUAUCCGCGUGAUUGAACCUCUGUUCGUAUUCCUGUACAGCUAUUUGUCAUACCUGACUGCUGAAAUGUUGCACUUCUCUGGCAUUGUAGCAAUAAUAACUUGCUCAAUGAGUAUGAAACGAUAUGUGGAGGCUAACAUUUCUCAGAAAUCUCACACUACAAUCAAGUACUUCAUGAAGAUGUGGAGCAGUGUGAGUGAGACACUCAUCUUCAUAUUCCUCGGAGUUUCUACGAUUGGGGACAAGCACGAGUGGAGCUGGCCUUAUAUCUCUUUCACAAUGCUAUUUUGCCUUGUCUGGAGAGCUGUUGGAGUUAUUUUCCUGACAUUUAUUGUAAAUAAGUUUCGUGUCAAUAUGGUGACAAAGAAGGACCAGUUCAUUAUAGCCUAUGGUGGAUUGCGGGGAGCAAUAUGUUUCUCCCUUGUUUUCUUACUGCCAAACUUCCCUCAGAAGAAACUGUUCACUACAGCCACAAUCGUAGUCAUUUUCUUUACAGUUUUUGUUCAGGGCAUGACAAUUAAACCAUUGGUUGAGUUGCUGGAAGUUAAAAGAACAAGCCAAUCCCCUCCCACAGUCAGUGAGCAAAUUCACAUUCGGUUCUUGGACCACUUGUUGGCAGGAAUUGAAGAUAUCUGUGGACAUUGGGGCCAAUAUUACUGGAAAGACAGGUUUGAAAAUUUCAACAACAAAUAUCUGAACAAGAUCUUCAUCAGAGAGCAGCACCUUUCCAAAUCCAGCAUUGUUGUGUUAUACCAGAAGCUGGAAAAGAAACAUGCCAUUGAGCUUGCUGAGGCAGGUCAGCUGACAAGUGCACCCUCCCUGCCUUGUCUCCACGACGAGAAAACAACUGAAGUAUCCAAAAGUCCAGUGCCUUCAGAAGAGCUUGAUAACAUCCAGGAGCUGUUGAUAAGAAACCUAUAUCGAAUUAGGCAAACGAUGCCAUCUUAUAGCAGACACACCUUGCCUCAAGGGAAAAACUCAAACCAGGCAAAAGAAAUUUUUCUACGUCGUCAAGAGAGUUUACUGAAAGACGAUGUCAUUCGAAAUUCUCUAAAGAGGAGAUCAGUUUGCUUAGCUGAUGACUCGCAAAAGAAAGGCAAACUAGCUCGAUCACUUACAGUUGGUGGAUAUGGAGGCAGUAAAAACCGUUCCGAAGAUCCACACCCAAAGUUACCCAAGUCCAUUUCAGUGAUGCCUCAGCAGCCAAGCUCCACAGAGUGGAUCAAUGAGGAGGAAUUGGAGAACCUACAAAGUUCUGAUGAAAAAGAUAUGAAUCUGAAAGGAAGGGAGCAGAACGAAACUAACAAUGAAACCAAGAAGUCUGAGUUAAAAUUAAAGAUCAGAUUUGCUCCUCCAGCUACAACUGAAAAUGAAUUUUCACAGAGUGAAAUCAGCAAUGGUCGGAGACUGUCCCAUGCGCCUCCAUUAAUGCGACAGUUUUCUGAACGAAUCAGUGACGGAGAGACAAUACAGGAUGGAUAGAAAGCAUGUAACAUUGAUUCAGGAGUUGGAGGGAGUCAAGCUUAUCUUAGAAACCGUUGUUUUCUCUAUGUUUUUCUAGUAUCACAUUACACUAUUUGCAAAUAAUGGAUUAGUGUCAUUUCAUCUCCCCCUCCCCCUCUCUUCCCAUUCCCCUCCCCACUCCCUCUUUCUCCACUCUCCCCCUCUCCCCCUCCCUCUCUUCCUCUCACCCUCUCCCUCUCUGUGUCUCCCCCUCUCUGCCUCUCUCUCUGGAACAGUCGACAGUUCAGUAGCUGGCAUUUUGGCUCCUACAACUGAGACGCACUCAUUGGAUAAAAUUUCUUUAAUAAUUAAACUAAUAUCAACACGACACCAUGGUGAAUAUAAGUUUCAGAUUCCUGACCAAAGAGUGGUGACUGGAAAUCACCGUUAAUUACAGAAAUAUGGAAGAUGUUCUUUUGCAUCUUGCUGUAAUACAAGUUAUACUACAGGGUAACAACAUCAUUAACAUGCAUGUCAGAAGCAAGUCACAUUUAGACACAGGUGUUGAAAUCGAUCCUCAGUCAUUUGUGCAUGAAAGGUUGAUUUAAUUGCUUUUAAUUGAAUUACAUUUCCAAAGUGAAAUGGUACAUGGACAAAUAUACAGUUACAUAGGCAAAGCAAGAGAACUUUCUACCCCUUCAAGUCUUUAUGUACAAAUAACAUCAAUUUCCAAUUACCAGGGCAGUCUUAUAAACUGCUGUUUGCUAUUUAAACCCCUAAUCUCCAUAACCUUUCAAUAGUCAGCAGGGGAAAAAGAUAUAUCUCACCAGUUUGAUCACUUGGUGUUGUAAGUAUUCUGUACAAUUAGUCACAUUACCUUGUCAGAACCUGCUCGCAACUUUGUAGUUAUUUAAAUAAAUGUAAUUGCAAAUGGCUUUGCUCAUCUAAACAUCAACAUUUGACAUAAUCUAACAAAGAGGCUGAAUCCUACUGGGAGGCUAUCAGAUUCCAAACCAAUCUGAUGAGCUGCCUUACCAUGAGCAUGAAACACUGCGCACUUUAUAAAUAUAAUAAAAUGUCUGGGACUCUCUAGUCUCUGUUGAAUAUAAUAUGUAUAUUAUAUGCACUAUAACUUGUUCACAUGAAUGUUCUUGGACUAUUAAACACCACACCUCUGA